AUGUGUGAUGGUGGUGAGGAUAAGAUUGAGGAUAAAGAAGAACCACAGAAUGACGUCAAGGAUAUGUGUGAUGGUGGUGAGGAUAAGAUUGAGGAUAAAGAAGAACCACAGAAUGACGUCAAAGAUAUGUCUGAUGGUGGGGAGGUAAAGGUUGAGGAUAAAGAAGAACCACAGAAUGACGUCAAAGAUAUGUCUGAUGGUGGUGAGGAUAAGAUUGAGGAUAAAGAAGAACCACAGAAUGACGUCAAAGAUAUGUCUGAUGGUGGGGAGGUAAAGGGUGAGGAUAAAGAAGAACCACAGAAUGACGUCAAGGAUAUGUCUGAUGGUGGGGAGGUAAAGGUUGAGGAUAAAGAAGAACCACAGAAUGACGUCAAAGAUAUGUCUGAUGGUGGGGAGGUAAAGGUUGAGGAUAAAGAAGAACCACAGAAUGACGUCAAAGAUAUGUCUGAUGGUGGGGAGGUAAAGGUUGAGGAUAAAGAAGAACCACAGAAUGACGUCAAAGAUAUGUCUGAUGGUGGGGAGGUAAAGGUUGAGGAUAAAGAAGAACCACAGAAUGACGUCAAAGAUAUGUCUGAUGGUGGGGAGGUAAAGGUUGAGGAUAAAGAAGAACCACAGAAUGACGUCAAAGAUAUGUCUGAUGGUGGAGAGGUAAAGGUUGAGGAUAAAGAAGAACCACAGAAUGACGUCAAAGAUAUGUCUGAUGGUGGGGAGGUAAAGGUUGAGGAUAAAGAAGAACCACAGAAUGAUGUCAAGGAUAUGUCUGAUGGUGGGGAAGUGUCUAGUAAAGAUACUCAAGAAUCUUGUGAUGAUGUCAAGCUGGAGGCAUUGGUGUCUGAAAGUGACAUCAGUGAGGUUGAAAUUAUACAACCAAAUGGUCCGAAAGAAUUGUGUGGAAAUAACGAUGAGGUAAUGAAGAAUGAUGAGGAAUUACAAGGAAAGACGACGGUGAAAAGUGAUGGGAACGUUGAUAACUGUAAGAUCCUUGCUGAUGUUGAUAAUGACGAUUGUUCCAAUCACAUGGUAAAUGACAAUACUGCUGUUUAUUUAAAGAGUGGUGGAGAUGAAGAGAAUAUGAAUGUCUUUGAUGUCGGAUUCAAGGAAGGAGAGAAAGAAGAAUCUUUUAAAGGAGAUUUUGAGUCUUCUGUUGAAACAAAACAGUUCGUAUCCAAGAAUGAACCUACAGGAAUCCCGCACACAGAUGAAUUUGAGAAAAAGAAAGUCGAAGUCGACAAAGUAGAUCCUGUUGUUGAAGGUGUGAAGAAAUGUGACCCUACAACAGAGACCGAAUGUCUUGAAAAAUCACAGUUCUCUGAAAAUUUUUCAUCGUCUGAUGUUGUUAAUGAGAAUGCUGCUGAAGGUACAACCCAAGACACUGUCAAAAAUGGCCUUUCAUCAGACGAGAUCGCAGUGAAAGUGGAGAAUGAUAAUAUAAAAGAAAUUAACGAACUUAGCAUGAUAACUUCAAAAACCAACGAAUGUUUAAAAAGAGGCGAAGACGAAACAAUCGAAAAGUAG